UGAUCUUUCAACCUUUGUUUACUUUUGCGGUUCUGUCAUUUUGCAGCCUCACCGAAUCGAGUCGAGGAGCUGGGCUGAACACAACCAUGGACACAUAUAUUGACGGCCGGUUUGAGCGCCUGGAAAAAGCUCUUGCGACUCUGAUUGACUCGGUCACGAAAUACCAUCCUUCGGCUAUUCAGGCAGAGGAGCUCAAGGCUGCAGACAAUGAGCUCUGCAAGGGGCUCGAGCAAGUUGAAAUACAUCAGAACAACCACCUCAAGAUUCUGCAGCUUCGCCAGCUCUCCGCGUCUCUCGACGCCCAGAUCCGCGAGACCCUCACCUGCCUCGCAACGACGCGCAAAGACAUCGUCAACACCCAAGUCACAAUCUACCCCACCGAACCAAACUUUCCGAUCGUCUACGAAGAGCUUCUCGGCCAUGCCCGUCGCAUCAGCAAGACGUCUAUGCCGCCCGCCGCUAUUCUGAAUGCCAUGGCCGCCACUCAAGAGAGCCAAACUCCGCUUCCCGACUCUCAGGCUCAAUCUGCCAUGACGCCUUCUGCACAGACUCCGAAUCCUAUGCAAAGUCCUGCUCCUACAAAUGGCACUAUCGAGCAAUCCGCCCAGCAAGCACAGGCUGCAUUGCACACCACUCUCCCCGACCAGAUGACGCAGUUCCUCAACCCUCUAUCGGGACAACUCUUCUUUCCCUGGCCGUUGGAAGACAAGAUUCGCUCUGGUGCGCUCGCAUCGAACCAGAUUCUCCUGGAGCAAGGCAUCGACCCCAGAGGCUACGACCCUGUCGCAGAGGAAGAUCGGAAACGCAAGGAAGAGGAGGAGCGCAAAGAGAAGGAAGAAAAGGAGAAACAAGAGCGUGUGGAGCGCGAGAAGGAGGCGGAGCGUCAACGCCAAGAGAGGCAGCGACAGAUCGAAAAGCAGCAGGCCGAAUGGCGAAGAGCAAGCAUGGCUGUCGGCGCCUCUGGGGAGGCAGCUGUUGCCGCUCCUCCGAGUGCAAAGGCGGAGAAGAAGCAGUUCCAGUUUACUAACCUGGAUGAUUUGGAUAAUGACGACGAUGAGGACUAGUUGUCUCGUGCAGCUGAAUGAGCAUUUGAUAAUAGCAAUAGCGAGUUAUUUGGAACAUUGGGCUCAAUACAGAGAAGCAUUUAACAAGACCUUUAAUAGACACAUUUUGUUCAUAACAUUACACAAGGUCAAUCCUAGUCGUACCAGCUGAUUCAGUAAUAGCCCCUAGGGAGAAAAAAAAAAGAAUGAUUCUAUCCAGGUAGUCAAAUUGAUCU